AUGGAGAGGUUCCUGCACCGCAGCCGAGCUGGGCAGGUGGUGGACGUGGAUGAGUUUCAGGUGGCCAAGGCACUCCUCGCUGGGGAGACGAGGCUCCUGAGCCAGGAUGUUGGCUCCAAGCAUCUCUUCGACUGGUGCCUGGAGUAUGGGAAGCAGAGCACCGCGCUGGCCAUGCUCUUCAACGGGGUGCCGGGGUGUUUGGUGAAGGGCGGCCAUCUCACACUCACACCUCCUGGCUUCAGUUACAACGCCGUCGGGCUCGGAGCACUACCUAAAGCCCGGCUGCCAAAGCAGAUGAAGGAACCAUUUUCUGUCGCUGACGAUUGUUGCUGCAGCGGGCGCCGGCGAACUUGCCCUGGGUGCAGCUGGGGCUUUCCAGACCAUGCGGCAGUUUGGAUGGAAGACUUCGAUGUUUCCGUGGAGAAUGCCAAGGAGGCUGCAGAACGAGCUGCCGAAACGCCCUUGGCGCGCGGUCUGUUUGAGGCCCUCCGCUCCAAAACGCUGCACCUUGCCAAGGUCGAUGAGAAAGUGAUGGCGCGGCUUCUCGACAUCGCCCUCCUGUUGGGAGAUGUGGAGCUGGCCAGCUCCUGUGUCAAAAGCUGCACCUGCUUCCCACUCAGGCGGUGGCGAUUCCGGGAUUUCGUCGCAGUCCUAAACGACCCUUUACCCGGAUGGCGUCCUCGCAUAGGAAUCCUUCAGAAGGAGAUCCUGAUAGCAGCUUUGGCAACAGGAGUGGCACUCCAGCAUCUCUCUGCAUCAUAUCACUUCGCCGGGGUCCGUGGCAGCAUCUUGCUUUCGGAGGCCAUGGCGCUCUCCGACGCGGAGCCAUGCCAAGUGCAAGACCUACUUCCGCUUCUUGAUCUUCUUGGGCCCGGUCGUGUGCACAAAACCGGAAAUGCCAUGGCCCUCUUUCUGACGGAAGAUUUGGGUGGCGAAGUCCGCCUGAGCCAUCGGAAGCUCUGUGUGGCGACCAGAGCGGGGCUCGCGCUGAACACCUUCCAGGCACCCUUCCAGCGCCAGUGCCGCAGCUGCCAUCAGUGUGCCCUCGACUCUCUUACACUGCUGGACCUGGCCAUUCUCUUGGGGCAAAGGGACUGCGCUCGGCUCUGUGGCUUCACGGACAUCGGCACGACCUCGUGGACGCCGCCGCUGAGCCUGCAGAACACCGUCCUGGUGGGCAUGAGCCCAAGGUGCGACGCGUGCGAUGGCUCCCUGUGGCGCUGCGCGGACUUCUGGGGGCAGCAAAUCGCCCCCUUGUCGGAGCGGAGGGUGGCCGCCGGCGAGGCCCUCACGGCAGCUGUGCAGGCAUCGCACCGGCAAGCUGCCAAGAGCGCCGGCGCCGGGCUCUCUCAGGCCGCGCAUCUUUGGUCGCGUGGGGAGGGCCUCCCCUUGCCACUGCUCACCUCUGUCUUGGAUUUCGCCGCAGAACAGCCCGCCCUUGCCGAGGCCUUAAGGGGACGUCACGCUGAGCUGCUGCCGCGGUGA